CUUUUCUUAAUCCAUUUAAUAGACACCAUGGAAACCCAGUGGAAGUUCCACAUGGAAUUUACUUCUGAGAGUUACUUCUUUUGACAAGUUAAUGGUUUUUACAUGGACCACUCUCUGGUCAAGCUUUCAACUUCCUGUAUAUAAACAUGGCCUGGCUGUGUAAUUUGGCUCCACUUUAGGCUGAAGACUACAGAAAGCCCCUUCCUUUUUAUGCAUAUGGUAUGUUUGUGGGUAUCACUCAGUGAAAGUUUUCCAUGUCUACCAGUAGCAAAAGCACAACCAGUUGUAGUGAAGAUGAUAAUGAGCUUAGGAGAGGGCCUUGGACUCUUGAAGAAGACACUCUCCUGAUUCAUUACAUAGCUCACCAUGGUGAAGGAAGAUGGAACUUGCUAGCAAAACGUUCUGGGCUAAGAAGAACUGGCAAGAGUUGCAGAUUGAGAUGGUUGAAUUAUCUGAAACCUGAUGUCAAGCGGGGAAAUCUUACUCUAGAGGAGCAGCUCUUGAUUCUUGAUCUCCAUUCAAAGUGGGGCAACAGGUGGUCGAAAAUUGCACAGUACUUACCUGGGAGGACGGACAAUGAAAUCAAGAACUAUUGGAGGACAAGAGUUCAGAAACAAGCUAAGCAUCUUAAGAUUGACAGCAAAAGCACAGCAUUUCAAGACAUCAUUAGGUACUUUUGGAUGCCAAGGUUGCUUCAAAAGAUAGAAGAAUCAUCACCAUCAUCAUCAUUGCCAAUCCAAAACUCAGAAAUUCCUGUGUCUCUUGAAAAUGCUACUUCUCAACAUUCUGCAUCAGCAUAUGCGGCACAAAUAUGUCCACCGCCACAACUCUCUGUUCAGGGAGAUCAUCUAAAUGCGGAUGGACACAUAAAUGGUUUGAACAUUCAGGAGCAGAUUUCAGAUUGGGAAAACUGCACUAUUUCAUGCAUAGACUCUUCAGAAUCAAUGAAUAUGUCACAGAUAGCUCAAUUUUCAGAAUGCCCACAGACUAGUCCUUUCCAUGUCAUAGCUAGCAAUGCCCACAACACAUUGGGAAAGAGCUGCUCAAAUGUCAACAAUGGUUGCUCCAUCGAUAUCUACAAUGACGCAAAUAUAUCAGCAUCCGGGAUGUUUGAAAAUCCUGCAGGAGAUUACCAUGUUGAACAUAACAGUUGGACUGAUAGUGAUUUUUUAGGUAGCAUGUGGAACACGGAUGAAUUAUGGCAGUAUAGGAAUUAAAUGGUAAAGGGAAGCUAUAGGAUCUUGUUUCUGGGAAACACAUAAACAAUUCUUCAAGUUUAAGGCAUCCAUUGGUUUCUAAUUAGUACUCUUAGCAUCCCUCAUGUAAUAGGCAAUUAGUUAAUUUUCCAUUCAAUUUAAGAAGAUGCAAAUAACUGUGCUUAAAAUGUUUUGCAAAUCAAAGUUACUAUGUAAUUUUGAUGUUUUUGGUCCUGUUUGACUGUCAUUAAAUUUGUUUCUCUGCCCCCUUGUGUUUAUGAUUUCAUUUAGAAAUUCUAAACACCUAUACUUGUAUGGAAAUUCUUUUUAACUUCA